AAAUAUCUAAUAUCCUACAUGACAAAAUACAUUAAAAAUACACAUGUCCAUGGAAUUAGCAUUCCAUAUGUUAAGUGUUCAUUAGUGUAGAUUAUUAUUAUGCCAAGGCUGCUUAAGAACAUUAACAGCCAUAUGUUUAUAAGACUGAAGGUCUAUUAGCCUGCACCUGCUUUAAUACUGCAGCAAGAACACAAAUAAGAGAAGUCAAUCUUCUGACCAGAACAUAUAGCUUCACUAAAGUAUGGGAGAAUAUUGUGUAAUGUGACUUGAGUAAAUUUAUCUGAGCUCACAGUACAGAUAUCUUACUUUAUCACAAACACAUCACGUUUUAUCAAGAUGUAACCACAUAAAAUCUAUUUUAUCAAGAGAACAGACAAGAUAAUCUUUUGCAGGCCUUUUUGUGUGGGAAUACUAUGUAUCGAGAUACAGGACUCAAAAUCAGAACACUCCAUGUACGGGACAUCCGCUUUCCCACAUCACUAGGGUCACAUGGAUCAGAUGCAAUGCAUGUGGACUGCAACUAUUCCUGCACAUAUGUCAUUAUCUAUACAGAAGGAGAUGUGGAGGGCCAUGGCUUGACUUUCACCAUUGGUCAUGGGAAUGAAAUAGUUGUUGCUGCUGUUAAAUCACUGUCACCACUUGUAGUUGGUCAAGAUGCAGACCAAAUUUUCAAUGACUUCGCUUGCUUCUGGAGGAAACUUACCAGUGAUUCACAGUUGCGAUGGAUAGGUCCUGAGAAAGGGGUCAUUCAUUUGGCCACAGCAGCUAUUAUAAAUGCCCUGUGGGAUCUGUGGGCCAAUUUGCAACAAAAACCUUUAUGGAAGCUCUUGGUGGACAUGGAACCUGAGAAAUUAGUUUCCACAAUUGACUUCAGAUAUAUUUCAGAUGUGGUAACAAAAGAGGAAGCUGUUGCAAUGUUAAAGGCAAUGGAGACUGGCAAAGAAGAACGGGAGGAACAGAUGAAAAGAGUUGGAUAUCCAGCCUAUACAACACAAGCUGGAUGGCUGGGUUACUCAAAUGAGCAUGUGAAAACUUUGUGUUCUCAAUAUCUUGCCAAUGGCUUUACAGCCUUUAAAGUGAAGGUAGGUCAAAAUCUGGAAGAUGAUCGUCGUCGAUGUACAAUGGUGCGAAAAAUCAUUGGCUGGGACAAUAAACUGAUGGUAGAUGCAAACCAGGUGUGGGACAUCGAACAAGCCAUUGAAUGGAUGAAGCAGUUGGCAGAAUUUAAGCCAUUAUGGAUAGAAGAGCCAACCUCUCCUGAUGAUAUUUUGGGACAUGCUACUAUCUCUAAGGCAUUGAAGCCACUAGGAAUUGGAGUGGCCACAGGAGAGAUGUGCUGCAAUCGUGUCAUGUUUAAGCAGUUCCUUCAAGCAAGAGCAAUGCAGUAUUGCCAAAUUGACUCAUGUCGUAUAGGCGGGGUCAAUGAGGUUCUCUCAGUUUACUUCAUGGCCAAAAAACUUGGAGUGCCCGUGUGUCCCCAUGCAGGUGGUGUGGGUCUAUGUGAAAUGGUACAACACCUCCAAAUAUUUGACUACAUUUGCCUGACUGGCACAACAGAGGGCCGAAUGAUUGAGUACACAAACCAGCAACAUGAACAUUUUGAGAACCCAAUAAAGGUCAUACAUGCUCACUACAUUGCACCUAAGAUGCCUGGUUACAGCACAGUGAUGAAACCUGACUCUGUUGAGGCUUAUGAAUAUCCACAUGGAAGUAAAUGGCAAGAAAUGUUUGCCAAAGGAUUAUUUCCUGAUCCAACUAAGCAAAAUGUAUUUGUAUGCCCAGCCAAAUAAAUAAUUUGUAUCAAAAAAGAAGUGUCUGUAUAUUACCUCCCUACAAUAAGUGUAAGUCUUUACUGUAUAGGAAUGUAGAAAUGUUAUAUUCAUGCAUGAAACAGCUUUCAAUCCAUUAAAACUAUAACCAUGCCAAUAGGAUAUAUUUUAUGAUUUUAAAAUACAAAAUUUCAUAACAACAAAA